UUUUUCUACUUUAGAAGUGGGUAUUUGCGAGGUCCAGAAGCCCAACUAAACGAGCUUCUCUCUCUCUACUGUUUACUCAACGCUCCACAAGAACCACACAAAUUCAUAACGCUUAUGCUAACACAAAGAAGCAUCCAAACUCAAUCCUCUCACCUCCACCUCACGUUCCCCGGCGCCACCACCACUACUAACUCUCUCUCUAGUCUCCUGAAAUCAAAUUCCAUCAUGCAACACCAUUUUCUUCAUUAUCAACAUCACCAACAUAUUCUUCACCAUCCUUGGCCCAUAUCCCAUCUCUGUAGAUUCCCAUCUCUCUACCUUCUCCUCAUCUUCUCCUCUUGACUCUAAUACAUCUAACUCCCUCUUCUUCCCAGACAUGACUCUCCCUUAUGGUUUCUCUUCGGUUAGGAACCACUCGCUUAUGCUUAAGACUUCUCACCUCUGCGUACCUAGAUCAGCUAUCGGUUGUUUCUCUCCCAAGGAAUCUCCUUUCUUCAAGAAGAACAGUGCCAUAUUCCUUUCUCCUCAGAAACACACUAAACUCGUCUGCCCUUUAGCUAGCUUCUCUUCUUAUGCUGAGGGAGAUGAGCAACACCAUGGCGAUCAACAGAUACAGAAUUCUCACGACUCUUCCACCAAUUCGAACGAAUCAGAUGGUAAAGAUAAUCCGGAAGCUACUGGCGACUUCUCUGGAAUGGCUAAUGCCUUUAACAUCUCGUCCAAAACAGCCAGGGCAAUCACCAUAGUCAUCGCCUUCUCCACUCUCUCUUUACCACUCUUCAUGAAAUCCCUGGGACAAGGACUCGCUCUCAAGACCAAGAUUCUCUCCUACGCGACACUACUCUUCGGUUUCUACAUGGCGUGGAACAUCGGAGCUAAUGAUGUGGCCAAUGCCAUGGGGACUUCUGUUGGAUCCGGAGCCCUAACAAUCCGGCAAGCUGUGAUCACGGCUGCAGUUCUUGAAUUCUCAGGUGCCCUCUUGAUGGGAACUCACGUGACUAGCACGAUGCAGAAAGGGAUUCUCAUGGCUAAUGUGUUCCAAGGGAAAGAUAUGUUGCUCUUCGCUGGUCUUCUCUCUUCCUUGGCUGCAGCUGGAACUUGGUUGCAGGUGGCUUCUUACUAUGGAUGGCCAGUAUCAACAACUCACUGUAUCGUCGGGUCAAUGGUUGGGUUUGGACUGGUAUACGGUGGAGCGGGUGCCGUAUUCUGGAGUUCUUUAGCUAAAGUGGCUUCAUCUUGGGUGAUCUCUCCUGUAAUGGGAGCUCUAGUCUCCUUUCUAGUCUACAAAUGCAUCAGGAGAUUUGUUUACAGCGCACCAAACCCAGGUCAAGCCGCCGCCGCCGCAGCCCCCGUCGCCGUGUUCGUAGGCAUAGCAAGCAUUUCCUCAGCCGCAUUCCCUCUAAGCAAGACCUUCCCCAUAGCUCUAUCACAAGCCUUAGCCUGCGGAGCAGCAGGAGCCAUAAUCUUCGACAGAAUCAUCCGCAACAAGCUCGGCCACCUCCUAGCGAAAACCAAACCACUCGACACGGCCCAAACCCAGCCCAAAGACAUAGGCUUCCUCUCCGAGAUCGCAGGCCCAACAGGCACGCAGCUGAAGAUAGUCUACGGAGUCUUCGGCUACAUGCAAGUCCUCUCCGCCUGCUUCAUGUCCUUCGCCCACGGAGGCAACGACGUCUCCAACGCGAUCGGCCCCUUAGCCGCGGCGUUGAGCAUCCUCCAACGAGGAGCAGGCGCCGGAGGAGGAGGAGAGAUCGUGAUCCCGAUCGACGUGCUCGCGUGGGGAGGGUUCGGGAUCGUCGCGGGGCUCACGAUGUGGGGGUACAGAGUGAUCGCGACGAUCGGGAAGAAGAUCACCGAGCUUACGCCGACGAGGGGGUUCGCGGCGGAGUUCGCUGCGGCGACGGUUGUUCUGUUCGCGUCGAAGUUGGGGCUUCCGAUAUCAGCGACGCAUACGCUGGUUGGGGCGGUGAUGGGGGUUGGGUUCGCGAGGGGGCUUAAUAGCGUGAGGGCGGAGACGGUGAAGGAGAUCGUGGCUUCGUGGCUUGUUACGAUUCCUGUGGGGGCUACGCUCGCUGUGGUCUAUACUUGGGUUUUCACCAAAAUCUUAUCUUUUGUGUUGUGAGACUGAAUGAAGGGCAUGAGAGUGGUCUUCAUCUUCUUCUAUGUUGUUGGCUUUGAUUGAUUCGAAUUCUAAAACCUUAUAUGUGGAGAUUGUUCCCUCCUUGUGAUUCUGAUGUUUUCACCAAUCGGUGAAGUCUCAAUGUAUCGGUAAGGUUAUGGGCAUUUAUAAUUGGGUCCGAGAAUAACUAAACCUGAAUCGAGAAUUUCAAAUA